UUUUCCGGCUUGCGUGCGGUGACGGGGCUGGGAUGGGCUCCAGCCACCCCAGAGCCACCCCCUGCCAUGGCGCCGGAGCUGCCACAUGCCCGGGGGCGAGCAGCCGGGGUGGCACGGCCGCCGUGUGGGGCUGCUGCUGGUCCUCCGUGCGCGCUUGCAUCCCCCACACUCCGGUCCGGCUGAAGCGUCCCGAGGGGAAACUGAGGCACGGCUGUCCUGCGGAUGCUGCGCAUCGCUGCUGGCUCCAGCUGCGGUGUCCUUCCCGGCAAGGCCUUGGUGGGGCUUCUGGGAAUGGCACGGGGCCGGUCCAGCAGGACACCUCAUCCUGGGCUGCGCUGGGACGGGAGCCCCGUGCUCCGGUGCCAGCCCUGGGGAGAUCGGGGUGGGCACGCUGUGGGGCUGGCAUCGCUCGGCAUCCCGGCCCCCGGCCCGAGGUGACGCGGCCCCCACUUUUCUCCCGGCUGCGCGGUGGCUCUGGCACGGGAGGGCUCCCAUCCCAUCCCACCCAUCCCGGGUGUCUCCAGCCCCUGCCAGCAGCUCUCCCGGCGAUGGCCCCCGCUCGGAUUCCCGGCUCCCCGGCAGGAAUGUGCCGGGGGGUUCCGCCCCCCGCCCGCCGGGGCCGCUUCCUCUUUCAGCGCUAUUUAAGCGGCUCCGGGCGCGUCCCGCCCGGCCGGGCCAUGGAGCGCAUGGAGGUGACCGAGACCUUCGCGGGCAUCGCCCUGCCCGGCCACCUCCACACCCAGGAGUCCCUCGGCUUCGCUGCCGCCUUCACCUUCCGCCCCACGGACGUGCUCAUCGCCACCUACCCCAAAUCGGGCACCACCUGGAUGCAGGAGAUCCUGACGCUGCUCUUCAGCCUCGGCGAUGCCCGCCCGGCCAAGACCAUUCCCAACUGGGAGCGGGCGCCGUGGCUGGAGCAGAUCUACUGCCGGGAGGCUCUGCGGGACGGCGAGGGCCCGCGGCUGCUCACCACGCACCUGCCCGCGCCCGUGCUGGCCCCCGCCCUGCAGCGCAGCCGGGCCAAGGUGAUCUACGUGGCCAGGAACCCCAAGGACGUCGCUGUCUCCUUCUACCACUUCCACCACCUGGCCAAGUUCCUGCCCGACCCCAGCUCCUUCGAUGCCUUCCUGACGCAGUUCCUCGAGGGCACAGUGCACUACGGCUCGUGGUUUGACCACGUCAAAGGCUGGCUGCGCCAGCGGCACCUCCUGGACAUCCUCUAUGUCACCUACGAGGAGCUGCACCAGGACCUGCGUGGCACGGCGCAGCGCCUCAGCAGCUUCCUGGGGUGCCCGCUGGCCCCGGGCACGCUGGCAGCCCUGGAGCAGCACUGCAGCUUCUCCGCCAUGCGGGACAACGCCAUGGCCAACUACUCGCUGAUCCCCGCCGAGAUCAUGGACCACAGCCAGGGCCGCUUCAUGCGCAAGGGGGUGGUGGGGGACUGGCGCAGCCACUUCUCCCCCGAGCAAAACGCCCUCUUCAACCGGCGCUACCAGGAGGAGAUGGGGGACACGGAGCUGCCAUCGCAGUGGCCCAUGGCCUGAAGGGUCUGGGGGCACUCUGAGCCCCCAGCUGCUGAGAACCACCACACGGAGACCCUGCAGGGCGCCCCAAACCCCCCCUGUGUCACCCACGGGGCUGGGGGUCUGGCGGGGGCCAGGCACGGUCUCUCCUCCCUGGGCGUGGGGAACUUUUCCGGCCAGGCAUUGUGGCCAUCCCCGCGGCCUUGCUCCCCCGGCCGGGGACGUGUGGCCGUGACCCCUCCUUCCUCCCAGCCCGCCCUGCGGAAAUAAAUAUUUAUUGCCGUUCC